AUGCCACAAAUGGGCGUCCAGCCGGUUCCUGUGCAGCCUAUUCGACCCCUACUGCCUGGAACCGUGGGCCUUAUAAUUGGCAGAGGAUCGUUAACUUUAAACGGUCUUAUUGUCUACCCUGGGGUAGUUGACUGUCAACAUAGCCCCGAGAUCCAAGUCCUGUGCUCAUGCCCAGGAGUCUUUUCUAUCACCAAAGGAGACAGGAUAGCUCAGUUAUUGCUCCUUCCAGAGGUUGCCAAACCUUCAGAGCCUGGACGAGAAAAAAUGGGCUCCUCGGGCAUGGAUUCCGCCUACCUGAUGGUCUCCCUAAAUGAGAGACCUAAGCUAAAGUUGUGGGUUGAGGGAAAAUUGUUUGAAGGCAUUAUGGAUACUGGUGCAGAUAAGAGUAUUAUUUCCACCCAUUGGUGGCCAAAGUCUUGGCCUGUCAUUAAGUCCUCACAUUCUCUACAAGGCCUCGGUUAUCAGGCCAGUCCUACUAUUAGUUCCGCUACCUUGUCCUGGAAAACGACAGAGGGACAAGAGGGACAUUUUACUCCCUACGUGCUUCCGCUCCCCGUUAACCUCUGGGGGCGUGAUAUUUUACAAAAGAUGGGAGUUAAGUUGUCUAAUGAAUACUCCUCUCAAGCUAAGGAGAUAAUGGCCAAGAUGGGUCAUAAACAGGGAAGGGGUUUAGGAGCCAGGGAACAGGGCCGGGUUGAACCCAUUCUCCCUGAAGGCAACCCAGGUAGACAGGGUCUGGGUUUUUCCUAG